AUGCUGUGGAACUGUCUGUCGGCAAUACGGCAUUUUUGGAAAACAAUUUACACCGGCGGCGAGAGGUGGAAGUGCAAUGUGCCAAACACCGAUAUGGGCUACAACUUGUCAUUGAGAUUUAGCGAGCAUUGCAGGGCGUUUGCGGUGGACGAUACAAGUGUUAUCGUCAUGUGUUCGGAGCUAUGGGCAUACACGUAUAGGGGGUCCCGUACAGGGAAGAUGUGGGACUUGCCUCCUCCGAUCUGGACUCUGGUUUGGCGGGUCACGGGUUUUUCUGAAGGAAUCGGUGCCGAAAGUUGUCGUCGUUCUUUUCAAGUCCGGAAGGUCUGCAGAAGGAAUCCCUGCAAACUUCUUCAUCUUCGCUCCAGGCGCAGAUAUCUGAUGGGCACCCAAUGGGGAAGAAUCGGAUGGGAAAGGACGAGCCCUCCAACUAAAGGAGUCUCAUAUAAUAUGACGCUCUGCUCUCAACUAUCCUGGCCCGUUUCGGAUUUCUCCAUACAUCCAUCUAAGUUGCUUCAACAAGCGAGCUAG